AUGCUCAACUCCAGCCCCGCCAUCGUUCUGCUCCACGGCGCUUUUCACACCCCAGCCCACUACGCGGAAUUUACCUCCAUACUCAGGUCCAAGGGCUAUGAAGUCCACGUUCCCCGUUUACUUACUAUGAACGGUGUCCGUCCCCCCAACGCAGAUCUUUACUCCGGCUCGGAUUACAUCCGCAGCUAUGUGGAAAGCCUCGUCGAGGCCGGCCGGGAGGUCGUCAUGCUCAUGCACUCCUACGGCGGCGUGGUCGGCACCCACGCCCUGGUGGGCCUAGGCGCAGAGACCCGAAAGCAACAAGGCCGGCAGGGCGGGGUCGUCCUGUUAAUCUACCUAUCAGCCUUUGCAGUCACGGAGAACAACUCCAUGAUGAGCGUCGUGAGGCGAUUCGGGCAUGAGGAUCUGAUACCCCUGGCGUUCGACAUCGCCGAGGAUUACAGUACAGCGAGCCGUGACCCGAAGAAGCUGAUCAUUGGGCCUGGUCGGUCGGAUGAGGAGACCGACGCUUACGUUGCGGCUAUGCAGCGUUGGAAUGGGAAGGCGAUGUAUCAGAAUGCGGAGCGGUGUGCUUGGAGGGAGAUCCCCGUGGCGUAUAUCUAUGCCACGGAGGAUAUGAAUGUGCCGAUGGACUAUCAAAAGUGGUUUGUGGAGAAGAUGCGCGAGGAGGGUAGAGAGGUUGAGACGGUUGAGGUCGAGACGGGGCACUGCCCUACUUUUACCAAGUUUGAGGAGACGGCGAAGAUCGUGGAUGGUCUUGUGAAGAAGCUUUGA